GUUGAAAAUUCCAGCUGCAGGAUCUCAGCCAAUCCAGCCUCCACAAUGUCGUCACCCGGCAGCAAUUGCCCACACUUGGAGUCGGUUGGGGAGAUAACCAAAGAGGAACUGAUACAGAAAUCUCACGGCACUUGUCAGGACUGCAAAGUCAGAGGACCCAACCUUUGGGCCUGCUUAGAGAACAGAUGUACAUAUGUUGGCUGUGGAGAAUCCCAUGUCGAUCACAGUACCACUCAUUCCCAGGAGACAAAACACUGUCUAACUGUCAACCUUACUACACUCCGUGUUUGGUGUUAUGCCUGUAGUAAGGAAGUGUUCCUGGAUAGAAAAUUAAGAUCUCAUUCUCCACUCCCAAAUGGAAGACUGUCUCACCAAGCACAAGAAAAUAGUGUGCAGGAUUUUAAAAUACCUGGUAAUCCCACACUGAAGAUUCCACUAGCAGCUGUAUUUGAUGACUUAGACAUAGAAGUGGAAGAAGAUGAAUUAAAGACUAGAGGUCUAACAGGAUUAAAAAAUAUUGGUAACACUUGUUACAUGAAUGCAGCUUUACAAGCUCUUUCCAACUGCCCACCUUUGACACACUUUUUUCUUGACUGUGGAGGCUUAGCCAGAACAGAUAAGAAACCAGCAAUUUGUAAAAGUUACCUCAAGCUGAUGACAGAACUGUGGCACAAGAGCAGGCCUGGAUCUGUUGUUCCUACUGGUUUAUUUCAAGGAAUUAAAACUGUUAAUCCAAUGUUUCGAGGCUACUCUCAACAGGAUGCACAAGAAUUUUUGCGUUGUCUAAUGGAUUUGCUUCAUGAGGAACUUAAAGAACCAGUUGUAGAACUGGAGGAUGCCCAGCCUAUGAGUGUUGACGAGAGUAUGGAAGAAGACAAGAGCCAGUCAGACCUUGACUUUCAGCCCUGUGAAUCCUGUGGUAACUGUGAUAAAACAGAAAAUGAUGCCAUUUUCAAACCUGUCUUAGAGGAUCCUGCAGAAACGACCAUGUUAAUUCAGGAUGAUGAUAACAACUCAGCCACAUCCAAAGACUGGCAUAAAGAAAAAAUAUCAAGCAACAAGCUUAAACGAGCAAAUUCUAUGGAAGACUUGGAAAAAGAUACAAACACUGCUUCAGAGACCACUGAGUUUUUAAGUAAUCAAGGAACAGUCAAAGUACAAAUACACAGCAGGUUCUCAGAAUACAUCAGUGAUGUCCACAUGAAUGACGUAUCUGCAGCCCAAACCCCAUCAUCAAGUGAAGGGAUGAACACACGCUUAUCAAACAGUCCUCCAAAAUCAUUCUCAUCAUGCUCUUCACUGGCACAAAUGCACAAAAAAGUUCCAACUGUAUCAUCCCCAAAAAGGAAGAAGCGCAAGAAGUAUCGGAGUGUUAUCUCUGAUAUAUUCGAUGGGACUAUAAUAAGCUCAGUCCAGUGCUUGACUUGUGAUCGGCUCUCUGUAACCUUGGAGACCUUUCAGGAUCUGUCCUUACCUAUUCCAGGUAAGGAAGAUCUUGCUAAACUCCAUUCUGCAAGUCAUCAGACAUCCCUAGUCAAGGCAGGGUCUUGUGGAGAAGCGUAUGCCCCCCAGGGAUGGAUAGCCUUUUUUAUGGAAUAUUUCAAAAGGUUUGUUGUCUCAUGUGUUCCUAGCUGGUUUUGGGGUCCAGUUGUAACCUUACAAGAUUGUCUUGCUGCCUUUUUCGCCAGAGAUGAGCUCAAGGGUGAUAACAUGUACAGCUGUGGAAGGUGUAAAAAGUUAAGAAAUGGAGUCAAAUUCUGCAAAGUUCAAAAAUUUCCUGAGAUAUUGUGCAUUCAUCUCAAAAGAUUUAGACAUGAACUUAUGUUUUCCACAAAAAUUGGGACCCAUGUGUCCUUUCCUUUGGAAGGCCUUGAUCUUCAGCCGUUCCUUGCAAAGGACAGUCCAGCUCAAAUUGUGACUUACGAUCUCCUGUCUGUCAUCUGCCAUCAUGGAACUGCCAGCAGUGGACAUUACAUCGCAUACUGUCGCAACAAUUUAAAUAAUUUGUGGUAUGAAUUUGAUGACCAGAGUGUUACAGAAGUAUCAGAAUCCACAGUACAGAAUGCAGAAGCCUAUGUUCUCUUCUACAGAAAGAGCAGUGAAGAAGCACAGAGGGAGAGACGGAGGAUAUCAAGCCUACUGAAUAUGAUGGAGCCAAGUCUUCUGCAGUUCUAUGUUUCCAGACAGUGGUUGAAUAAAUUCAAGACUUUUGCAGAGCCAGGACCAAUUUCAAAUAAUGACUUCCUGUGUGUGCAUGGAGGUGUUCCUCCACACAAAGCUAACUUCAUAGAGGACUUAGUUGUAAUGCUACCUCAAAAUAUAUGGGAUAAUCUGUACAGUAGAUAUGGAGGAGGACCAGCUGUUAACCAUCUGUAUGUUUGUCACACCUGCCAAAUAGAGUCUGAAAGAAUUGAAAAAAGAAGGAAAAAUGAAUUGGAAAUGUUUAUUCGGCUUAAUAGAGCAUUCCAAGAAGAAGAAUCUCCAUCAACAUUUUACUGCAUCAGUAUGCACUGGUUCAGAGAAUGGGAAGGAUUUGUAAAGGGUAAAGACAGUGAUCCUCCUGGUCCCAUAGAUAACGCUAAGAUAGCAGUAACAAAAUGUGGAAAUGCUGUGCUAAAACAAGGUGCAGAUUCUGGACAAAUAUCUGAAGAAACAUGGAAUUUUCUUCAGUCGAUCUAUGGUGGAGGUCCAGAGAUUAUACUCAGACCACCUGUUCCUCCAGUAGAACCUGAUAUAUUGCAAACAGAGGAGAAGAUUGAAUUAGAAACUCAUGGUCUGUAGCUAUUGAGAAAAAGAUGAAUGUGUAAGGAAUCCAGCUUCCUUGCAAAAUGCCCAAAACACAUUCCUAAAAGUUUUAUUCUCUUAUGUCUGUUGGAGGCACAGCUCACUGGGCAUUACAUUAACUACAGAAUAGUAAGUUGAAAUAUGUAUUACAAUUUGUUUGAAUAGAGGCUGUUUCUCUGUUUUGGAAGGCAUGUGGUUUGUACAUUUUGGAAUGUUUGGUCAAUGGAAAAAAAAUGUAAUUUCUGAAUUUUUUGCUAUAAGUCAAAAUCCUGUUAUACCCUUCGACUUGAAAAACAGGGACAAAUUUAGAGAUGUUCAGUAACCCUUCUGAUUCCUGAUUGGGCUUCUGAUAUCUACAAACUUUUGCCUGUCUUAAUUGUACAGUCCUGACAAGCAUAGGUGUAUGAGGAGUAUAUUUUAAGUGGACUGCAAUGAAUGAUAAAGAAAAAGGAUGUUCUUUUCCUAAAUGCUCAGGAAAAAAAUUGUCACUUAUUUUGCACUGUAAGUAUAUGAAAUGGGUAGUAUAUAACAUCCAAAUACUUAUUGUAUUUGAAUGGAUCAAACAUUAGUGUAGACUGAAUAUUGUUUUAGUCAGCCAAUGUAAUAACUUAUUGCCU